AUGGAUCCCAGAUCCUCUGAUAAGGCCUUGACGGCCACCCAAGCUUCUCCCACUUCUCAUGAGCACCCUGGUGUUCGCUUUGCUCCUACAGUUGAGGAAAUCGCGCCAGCCACAGCACUGAACUCAAGCACCCCUAUCCCAAGGAUAACCGCUCCGAUUCAAGCUCCAGCCCCCGGCCAAUUCGAUCUCCACGGAGACUUUCCAAGGGAGCGACGUCUUUCCCACUUUCACUUUGAGCCUGUUUCUCUUCCCGCAUCGAGGACGACAUCAGUAGAAGGCAGCCCUACGAAGGCGCACCAUGACGAUAUGAUUUCCGGUAUCUCGAGCCACAAUCAACAAGCCAUGCAGUCCCCUCCCUUGACGCCGGCGGGAACCGCUGGCUAUUCGAUUCCCCGAGAAGCGACUCACCCCGAUCCCGAAAAGGGCCCCCAUGGCAUCCGCGAGCCCCAGCUGAUUACGCCUCAGCACUCCAGCUCCGUUGACGAACAGUCGGAGAAGACGCUAGCGAUGCGACACCAACCCGACCACAAAUCGCACCGAAAGGGCAUCUUUUCCUUCGGGGGCGAGUCCAGCAAUGGAUCCACGAGCGUUUCGCGCGAUGCUAGUCCCUCGAGGGCUUCGGAACUCUAUUCCCGGCCCGUAACACCGGCGGUGGGCGACGUUGAUGGCCCGUAUGCCGCCAAGAAUCGGCGGCAGCAGGCACAUCCAUCAAAUAAACGAUCGUUUGGGAAGGAACACAAAACUGGCUCCUUUGCCACUCUCAAACGAUUCUUUAAGCGAGCUGUCUCUGGAGAAACCACCAAACAUGACGCCUCCCACUCUUCCCGCAAGAAGCCCGGCAAAAAGACGCCGCCAACGUCAUCUUCCGGCGAAACCGCACCCUUCUCGGACGACCACCUCCUCGAGGCCAAAUAUGGCAAAAUUGACCGUGUGCUCGGCUCCGGCGCCGGAGGUAGUGUCAUGCUCAUGAAGCGCGAUGACGGUAGGGUUUUUGCAGUCAAGGAGUUUCGCCAGAGGCAGGCGCGCGAGUCGAAACGUCGCUACACGAAGAAGAUUACGGCUGAGUUUUGCGUCGCCUCCGCUCUUCACCACAGCAAUGUGAUUGAGACGAUGGAUAUUGUCGAAUCUCGGGAUCGCUGGUUCCAGGUCAUGGAAUUUGCCCCUACGAUCUCUUUUCCAUCGUCAUGUCUGGGAAGAUGUCCCGCGAGGAGCUGUGGCGUGGCGCAUCGCGACCUAAAAUUGGACAAUGUGGUGGUCACCAAGGGUGGCAUUAUGAAGAUCAUUGAUUUCGGUAGUGCCCACGUCUUCCAGUACCCUCACGAGACCGCCAUCCAGUACGCUGAAGGCGUUGUAGGGUCAGACCCUUAUAUGGCCCCAGAGGUAUACGAUCCGAACACCAAGGCCUACGAUCCCCGUGCCAGCGAUGUCUGGUCGUUGGCCAUCAUCUUCUGCUGCAUGACGCUCAAGCGAUUCCCUUGGAGGAUCCCAGCUGCGGCACAGGACAAGUCCUUCCGGCUCUUCACAUCCCCACCCUCCGUGGGUCAUGACCCUAGGCACCUUCUCCUCCACUCCAAGUCCUCUGCCAACCUAAGCAAGAAGCCCAAUGAGGCGGAAUCCACACCUUCAAGCCCAGAUGACCACGCACGCGGGAGGGACGAGGGUGCCAAUGGCGAUGCCAAGCAGCGAUCCCAGUCGCAAGGUGCCGAGGCGACGGAGAAGCGUGAGGUCAUUUCAGGGCCCUGGAGGAUCUUGCGGCAGCUUCCGCGAGAGACCCGGCACAUUGUCUGGCGCAUGCUCGAAGUCGAUCCCAAAAGCGUGCAAAGAUGGAAGAGAUUAUCCGGGACCCAUGGAUCGCCGACACAGUUAUCUGCCGAGAAACGGAACUCGGCCAAGUCAUUCACGCUCCCGGGCAUAAGCAUACGUUAA